UGCUGCUGUGCAGGAAGACAGGUGUGAGUCGCCCAAGACAGCAGCGUAGAGGUGCAGCAAAUACAAGACAAAGAGCAUCAUGAACACAAAACUCUUUGUCAUUCUCAUCGGACUUGGAACAACAGCUACUUCUUCUCCAACUGCGAAACGAGUGCUUCCGUUUCCAGAUGAAAAGCCACUGUUUCCGUUCAAACUUCAUACACCCAGCCUCGACACACGUUCCGUCCCGGGAAGCUGCAGCCUCUGCAAUACGUUGAUCAAAGGGGUCGACGUGAUCAUCAAGGACGAACGAGACGAACGAGCCGUCAGCAAGGUCCUGGAGGAGACUUGCGAGACGUUUCACAAUAUACUCGUCGCGCCGUGCAAGUUGCUCAUCCAGUCGAUCUCCGAGAAAAUCGUCAAUGACGUUGAUCUCGACCACGUCUGCUCCGAUCUCGGAUUCUGCUCGUCGUGGUGGACGACGAGAAACGUGAAGGACACGGUCAACUGUACGGCGUGCGAGUUCACGGUCAAGUCGCUGCAGACGACGGCAGCUAAGCGACAGACCCGUGGCUUCGAUCCGAGCGUUUUGCAACCGAUAUGUAAUCAUCUUCCGGGUCCUGCAGGAGCGAUCUGCAGUGGCGUCACACACUGGAUCGGUCGGGACCGAUCGAGAAGGUCGAAUUUUGUUGCAAGGAAUGCACGAGACGUGUGUGCGGGUUUUGAUCCCAAACUCUGCAGCAUUGCUGAGAGAACGAAAGAAUCCUUGCCGCUAUGCAAUGCCUGCGAGAUGUUAAUGUCGAUGCUCGAAGAGAUUAUUUCAAGACAGAAGACGAUGGAAGGAAUCAAAGAGGAAGUGAAACAAAGUUGUUCCCGUAUGCCCGGAUAUACGGCCGAAAUGUGCGACGAUAUUGUGAACGGGUACGAGCCGCUUCUCGCCAAGUUCGUCGCCAAGGAGAUUGGCAAAAACGAGGCGUGCAAAGAACUAAAGAUUUGCAGCUUCGAGAACAAAUAGAGCGACGAAACUAAAAAAAUCACGUGAUAGUCGCUAAAAGGACACGUUGCAUGAAAGUGGCUAUUAGCUAAUUAGAGAUAGGAGAGAUCUCUUAGGUAGAUGAUACUCGCGUGCGUGACUUGGUGAUAGUAGUCAAGUAUGAAUCUGUUUAUUGUGUUGAUGUAAACGACUUGUUGAACAAUAUAGAUAGAUAAAAGCAACAAAAAUAGAAUAGAAAAGAAAA